AUGGUCACCGCCGUACCCGAGAAGAUCGACUUUGCGGCGGAGGAGGACCGCGUCUACGCGCUCUGGCAGCGCCUGGACGCCUUCGCCACCAGCACCGCCCAGUCGGCGGCCGCCAACCGCCCCCGGUACGUCUUCUUCGACGGACCCCCCUUCGCCACCGGCCUCCCCCACUACGGGCACAUCCUCGCGGGGACGAUCAAGGACAUCGUCCCCCGGUUCGCCCACAUGUCCGGCUACCACGUGGAGCGCCGCUUCGGCUGGGACACCCACGGCCUGCCCGUGGAGUUCGAAAUCGACAAGAAGCUGGGCAUCCGGGGGCCGGAGGACGUCGCCGCCAUGGGCAUCAAGGCCUACAACGACGAGUGCCGGGCGAUUGUGAUGCGCUAUGCGGCCGACUGGGAGGCGAUCAUCGGCCGCCUCGGCCGCUGGGUCGACUUCAAAAAUGACUACAAGACGCUCUACCCCGCCUUCAUGGAGUCCGUCUGGUGGGUCUUCAAGACGCUCUUCACCAAGGGCCUCGUCUACAAGGGCGUCAAGGUGAUGCCCUACUCCAGCGCCUGCACCACCCCGCUCUCCAACUUUGAGUCCGGCCAAAAUUACAAGGACGUCGUCGACCCGGCCGUCGUGGUCACCUUUCCGCUGGUGGACAGCUCGCCCGAGGAGGUCUCCUUCCUCGCCUGGACGACCACCCCCUGGACGCUGCCCAGCAACCUCCUUCUCUCUGUGAAUCCCACGCUCACCUACGUCAAAAUUCGCGACCUGAAGAGCGGCCAGCUGUACAUCCUCAUGGAAGCCCGCCUGGAGGUCCUCUACGGAAAGAAGGCCGCCACCCCGGAGACACUGGCCGAAGAGUGCGAGGUUUUGGAGCGCUUCCCGGGCGCCACGCUCGCCGGCACCCGCUACCGCCCCAUCUUUGACUACUUUGCGGACUACGCCGCCGAGGUGGAGGGCCGUGCCUUCAUCGUCGCCACGGGCGAUUUCGUCACCGCCGAUUCAGGCACCGGCAUCGUCCACUGCGCGCCCUUCUUCGGCGAGGACGACUACGCGGUGGCGCUGAAGGCGGGCGUCAUUCGCCGCGACGGCCGCGUCAUCUGCCCCCUGGACGGCGCCUGCCGCUUCACAGACCCCGUUACCGACUACAGGGGCCUGCACGUGAAGGAGGCGGACAAGGCGAUCAUCAAGCGCCUGAAGGCGGAGGGGCGCCUCAUAAAGGACGGCACCGUGAAGCACUCCUACCCCUUCUGCUGGCGCUCGGACACGCCCCUCAUCUACCGCGCCGUCCCCAGUUGGUUCGUCCGCGUGGAGCAGUACAGCGCCCAGCUGCUGGAGGCCAAUGCCCAGACCUACUGGGUACCGGACUUUGUGAAGGAGAAGCGCUUUGGAAACUGGCUCCGCGAGGCGCGCGACUGGGCCAUCUCGCGGAACCGCUACUGGGGCACGCCCAUUCCGCUGUGGGUGAGCGACGAUGGCGAGGAAGUGGUCUGCGUGGGCUCCAUCGCCGAGCUGGAGGCGCUGAGUGGGCGGGCCGGCCUGACCGACCUCCACCGCGACACCGUCGACCUGAUUACCAUUCCCUCGGCGCGGGGCCCCGCCCACCCGCCACUCCGCCGCGUCCCCGAGGUCUUUGACUGCUGGUUCGAGUCGGGCUCGAUGCCCUAUGCCCAGUCGCACUACCCGUUUGAAAACCGGAAGGCCUUUGAGGACAACUUUCCGGCGCACUUUAUCGCCGAGGGCGUGGACCAGACCCGAGGCUGGUUCUACACGCUGCUCGUCCUCUCGACGAUGCUCUUUGGGAAGCCGCCCUUUCGAAACCUGAUCUGCAAUGGCCUCGUCCUCGCCACCGACGGCCAGAAGAUGAGCAAGAGCAAGAAGAACUACCCCGAUCCGAUGGGCGUGGUGAGGAAGUUCGGCGCCGACGCCCUCCGCCUCUACCUGAUCAACUCGGGUGGUCCGCGCGGAGAACCUCAAGUUCCNGUGGUCCGGGCGGAGAACCUCAAGUUCCGCGAGGAGGGCGUCCAGGAGCUGCUGAAGGAGGUCUUCCUGCCGUGGUUCAACGCCUACCGCUUUCUAGUUCAGAACAUUAUCAUCUUUGAGGCGGAAGGUGGUGAGGGUGAGAAGUUUAUCUUUGAUCGGCGGCAGUUGGUCCGCUCGGAGAACAUCAUGGACCGGUGGAUACUCUCCUUCACCCAGUCGCUCUUUAAGUUUGUCAAGGCGGAGAUGAAGGCUUAUCGCCUCUACACUGUAGUCCCGCGCCUGGUCAAAUUCGUCGACAACCUCACCAACUGGUACGUGCGCAUGAACCGCCGCCGCCUGAAGGGCAGCGACGCCGGCCGGGCGGACACCCGCCUCGCCCUGGACACCCUCUUCAGCGUCCUCCUCGGCCUGGUGGAGAUGAUGGCGCCCUUCACGCCCUUCAUCACCGAGACGAUGUUUCAGAACCUGCGCCAGGUGCUGAAGGAAAAGGAAACUGAGGAGAAGAAGACCACCACCACCAAGAUCGAGUCCAUCCACUACAGCCUGCUGGCCCCAGUGGCCGAGGAGCUGAUUGACGAGGCGGUGGAGCGGCAGGUCGCCUUGAUGCAAACCGUCGUGGAGCUUGGGCGGCUGCUUCGAGACCGCCGAAACCUCCCGCUGAAGUACCCGCUGCCCGAGGUGGUGGUCAUUUCGGCCAGCGAGCAGACGCUGGCGGAGGUGGGCUCGCUGCGGGAGUUUAUCCUCGCGGAGCUCAAUGUGCGGCAGUUGGUUCUGAGUACGGAGAAGGCCGCCUACGGGGUGCAGUACAGCGCAGUGGCGGACAUUAAGGCGUUGGGACUGAGGUUGAGAGGCGACUCGAAGCGGGUCAUUGCGGCGAUUCGGAACCUCACCGACGAGCAGCUGGAGCA